UAUGCCGUAAGAAGAAAGUAACAAACAAGCUAACCCUGGGCCGUAGCAGUUUUUUUUUGCGGUUUCUUUAGGCACUCUAGCUUCUACGCGCACAAACGGUUGACAUUUAACAAUAAUUAUCAAACCAAAGCGCAUCUUCUUAUUUGCAGUGACCCGGUAUUCGCUGUAGUUAUGGCUCUCCCUCAGCUUUCAAGAUCCCUCACAGGGCUCCUCGUAGAGACAUCGUCCGUAAUUCAUCAGAGGACUUUUAGUGUAUCCGCUGUUGCAGCAGCCAUUCAAAAAAUGACAAGAGUGCGAGUAGUGGACAACAGCUCUCUUGGAAAUACACCGUAUCACCGUGCGCCAAGAGUGAUCCAUGUCUACACCAAGAAUGGCGUAGGAAAAGUUGGUGACAGAGUUUUGCUUGCCAUCAAAGGACAGAAGAAGAAAGCUCUAAUCGUUGGACACAAAAUGCCUGGAGAACGCAUGAGUCCACGCUUCGAUUCGAACAAUGUUGUUCUGAUUGAGGACAAUGGGAACCCUACAGGAACAAGGAUUAAGGUCCCUUUACCCACACAUCUACGUAGAAUGGAGGGAGAUUACUCUAAAGUCCUAGCAAUUGCUAGUUCAUUUGUUUAAUACCAGCAUCAUUCAACUGUGAUUUUUGAUAUAUAUAUAUAUAUACUGUUUAUUUCACAUCUGCUGGCCGUAUGAACAUUUUAUGUGUAUAUGUUCUUGUCUCCAGUAAACUUUAAAAGGAGCAUA